AGAACAGUGCCGACUCUUAAAUAGCGUAGUCAAUGCUUGAAUCAGUAAUUUCAUUUUAUUGUUUACAUUUUUUAAAUAUCAUUGUCAAUCUUUCAUUUCCUUAAAAGUUAAAUUAUUAUGAAGAAAGAAGGAGAAAAUGUCGUAAAGAAUUAAGCGCGCUAUAAUGUGCGUUAAAUAAAGGUGUACAAGGAUUGCUGAAUCGUCUCUUGUCUCCUUAUUAUUAUUAUCCACCCUUGGCGGAAUUGCUUACAUUUGAUUCUUGUAAUCAGUUAUAUUAAAUUUAUUUGCUUAUUUUGAGCAAUUCUAAAUAAUACGAUGGCCGAAAUGCUUGUAGAUGGAGAAAAUGCCGAUAGUUCGGGUCGAGUAUCUAGACCAACCCUGGCGCAGGUAAAAGCUGUUGUUGAGUUCAUGCAAAAACACCCAGAUUUAGCUCAUAGAAAGCUCAGGUAUGGUGUAAGCCAUCAGAAAUUUAAAAAAUUGUGGAUUGAACUAUCUAAUAUUGCUAAUUCUAUAGAUGGAGCUAUUAAAUCUACUAAAGGUUGGAUUAAGUUCUGGUCAGAUAAAAGGAGAAGUAUUAUGAUUAAGCAUAAACAAAUAGAAAAUGGCAAAUUGAUGGGUUCACUAUCACCUCUAGAACAGAAAAUAUUAGAUUUAUGUGAAAACAAAAAUCCAGGAAGAAGUAAAAAAGGAGUGAAACAAGAGCCCUGUGAUGAUGAUGAUGACAAUGAUUCAUUAGAUGAUAUAUUUACGAAAGCAGUUGAGAAUGACUUUGAUAAUCAAAUGUUUGCAAAUGAGGCAGAGGAGAGACAAUUAAAUACUAUGGAAAAAUUGGUUGAUGUAAUGGGACAGCAGGCAACUGCCAUGUCUCAAAUGGCACAAGCUGCAAUGGAUAACUCGAAAGCUCUAGAAAGAUUAGCAGAAGCUUCACACAUUCAAGCACUAGCGGUAGAUAGGCUGGCAACUACAUUCGAGACGAUCAGUUCUUCAAUUCAUGAUGUGCGGAAUGCUUUAUUAGGCAUUGAUUACACUAUGAAGAGAUGUUACUCUACGACGGCAACACAGCCACGUCAGAACACCAAUAUAUUCAGCUAAGACUGCGGUUCAUAUUUUGGAAUUUAAUUAUGUACUACGUUUGGUAGAUUUUUAUUUAUUUGAAGACAUUCAUAUGAAAUUUUAUUUGCAAAAAAUACACUGCAUUUUUAUUUAAAAAUACUGUACAUAUAUUUUUUUACUUAACUAUUUAAGCUGUGGGCUAAUGUGUGGGCUGUGGCAUAGUAUUUGGUCCCAACAUGUCUGCCAUUAUGCCAAGAUAAAGUGAAUAAAUUUAAUAAUAUUUAAAUAUAUCUAUAAUACUGCGUUAUUAUAGCAACAUAAUAAUUAUAUAAAUGCGUGGAUAAGUAAAAAAUGUGUUAUUUUAAAUAUAUUAUUUAAAUCAUU